UUCUCAUUAACUCUUCUCUACGUGAAGGUUGAAGCACUGGAUGAAAUUGAGGUUGCAACAAAAUUGUUGAAGGAUAACACAGGAACGCAGGGAGAUCCCUUGUAUUCCAGUUACCAACGCCUCCAUUGUGAGUUGACACCGAUUGGUGUUGAUUCUCGUGAAUUUGAUAUGAUUGCAAAAUAUUUGCAUAAUACUCACGCAAAAACACAUUCAAGUUACACUGUUGAUAUCGUUCAAAUAUUCCGCACAUCAAAAGAGGGUGAAGUUGAACGCUUCAGAAGCACUAAAGGAGUUGGGGGAACUGAACCAGAUUUUUCAGAAGCUCAGUUGCUAGAUGAUGGCGUCGUGGUUCCUCUAGGAAAGCCGAAAGAGAAUACAAGCCGCCCGAAGGUUCAUUACUGUACAAUGAGUACAUAGUUUACAAUGUGGAACAGAUUAGGAUGCGCUACGUUGUUCAAGUGAAUUUCAAUUUCAAGAUAUGAUUAGCAUCUGGAUGUAUAGAACAAGAUGAGAUUAGUGUUGUAGUCAUGUACAUUUUACCUUUAUUUAUUUAUCUUUGAUUUUGGUGAGAAUGUUGUUAACAUUAUGAUUUGGUGAUGGACUCGACUUGUCUUCUCCA